AGGCACAUUCAAUGCGGAAGAUAAGUUUGUGUGUGUCGACGCGGUGUGCGCCAUGGAGUGGGGUUCCCCAAAACACCAGUCACCACAUUGUACCGCCGAUGACUACCGCCUGAAAUAUCUCUCUAUGCCGGACAGUAGCCUAAACAGAAGAACACCUAUUGCAGUAUAGUAAAAUACACUGAAAGUUGCACUCAAAAAUAGUACUGUAAUUGAGAUAACCACGUUUGACGGAGUGCGGUCAAAUUAAAUUGUAGCGCACUACAAUUUUGGAUUACACGGCGUCGGUUGUGCACACUCCCGCACGUUCAUCAGUCGAAUGCCGAAGGAGAGGGAGAAGAGGCGAAAGACCUCCAAGGAGGCAGCGCUGUCUGGCGCUGGGAUUGGUGAAGGGUUUUGUAAAGAGCGCAGAACAAGCUGCAAAGCAACUGAGAAUUGCGAUGAACUGUGCCAGAUGACAGAAAUUCGGUUACCUGAGGUUAACGCCGUUCUAGCGCAAUCUAGUAUGAUGGAGGUGCUCCGUGUACCGCAGGUGACAAUAACCCCAGAUGGAGGCUGCUCGCAGGAGAUCGAGCAGGAGGACUGGUCUGAUGUGAACGGUCCUCUACGACGGAAUAUGUCAAACUCCUCUAUCUCCUCAACAGGUUCCUCCAUAGAGUCAGAGGAUGACAUUCUGAGUGACAACGAGAAAAAGAGCAAGGGGAAUAUCACAUUAGAACAUUUGUGUGAGCACACGGGAGAAAGCACACCCUGGUGGACGCUAAAGAAUAUCGUCGUCAACUGGCCUUUUGUUGGCUCCCAGAGAAGAAACCUGUCCUGGGUUCAACUAGCUGGACACAAAGGUAAUUUCAAAGCUGGCGGCGAAGGCACCAUUCUGAAGAAGUUCUCCGAGAAUGAGAAGCUGUGCUUUGAGAGGCUGCAGGGUGACGUGCUCCAGGGCUUUGUACCAGGAUACCAUGGGGUGGUGGAGAGGGAUGGGGAACCCUUCCUACAUAUGACUGAUCUACUGGUCAACUUUGAUGAACCCAGUGUCAUGGACUGUAAGAUGGGAGUGAGGACGUAUCUGGAGGAGGAGCUGGUGCGAGCGCGGGAGCGGCCUAAGCUCCGUAGGGAUCUGUAUGACAAGAUGCUGGAGGUGGACAGUGAGGCCCCCAGCCCCCAGGAGCACCUCCAGAGGGCCGUCACCAAACCUUGCUACAUGCAGUGGAGAGAGACCCUCAGCUCCACACACACCCUGGGUUUCCGCAUCGAGGGCAUCAAGAAAGCUGACGGUACAUGUCAUACGGAUUUCAAGAAGACCCGGUCUAAGGAGGAUGUCACACAGGUCUUCAGGGACUUUUCCGGAGGCAACACAAACAUCGUAAAUUCAUACCUCAGCAAACUAGCAAAAAUUCAACAAGCCCUGAAGUCAUCUGAAUUCUUCAAGAGACACGAGGUGAUUGGGAGCUCCCUCCUCUUCAUCCAUGACCACACUGAGCGAGCUGAGGUUUGGCUCAUUGACUUUGGUAAGACUACAGGGCUACCUGAAGGACAAACUCUGGACCACUGUAUACCCUGGCAGGAGGGCAACCGAGAGGACGGAUACAUGUUGGGACUGGACAACCUGAUGAGGACACUGGGCUCUUUAACCAAUGAAGGCAAUAGUGAAGGAACUAGUCAAUUGACUAGUGAGUGAACUAGUGAGUGCCUUUUAGCUAUGGCCACCUGGAAGGGAGAUGGAUUUUACAUCAUUCUAGCAGUUAGAGGACCCUGGGCGGUAUUCUACAGUCUCAAGGGUCCUCUGUCACAAAGUAUACUUACUGUAUGAAUUACACUUACAGCUUACCUACCUACUGUAUUCAGCACAACCCAUUGUAUCGCUGAAUACGUAUUGUUGUAAAUAAUACUGUAUUGUUGAAGCUAUUGCAGCAUGGAGGUAAGAGGAAGUUUUUUUUUACCAUAUCUGUGCCUGCUGAACAAAUGAUACAUUUUAGGUGAUGAAAUGUAAUGAAUAUACAGAAACUUGAUAUUGUAAAGCCUGUACAUUCUAGAAAAGGCAUACAUUACUGCUUACGUAAGGGACCGUAUUGCAUAGAAAUCUAACACGCUCAAUAUUCCAAGGUAUCAUUAGAUAUGAUUGAUUGAAGUAUUUAAUAAUCAAGCAUGUCAUUUUUGGUUUCAAAAGUUAUUUAAGACAUUGGGCAUACUUUAUUCUACAGUUACAUACAGCAGUUUGUAUUUAGGAUCAUAUCAUGGUGAAAGAUGAAUUUAAAAUGAGUCUUUCUAGUAUUGUAUGUUGAUUGUGUGAAUGGGUUAGCAAUGGUUGUGUAUUGGGAUUUCAUAUGUUAAAGUAAACAUCUGUAAUGCUGUAUUAUACUACACUUUAAAUAGUUCAUUUAUUUGGGGUAGAGAGAUACAAGUGUAUUGCGUAAAGUUUAUAGUGUUUGUUCUUCUGUGUAGAGGCCCAUAACUUUGGAUAUGAAACCAAUAAGUCUGCGGAAAUUAUGUGAAAAUAAAAUAGUUUUCAGACUGUUUUAUUAUUUA